CCCACCCCUGUACUCCAGCAUCUGGAAGGAUCAGCGCGGUGAAGAGAGGAUCGCUCCGUCGGUUUUGCAACGUUGCGGUUUAGGCCUGGGCGAAACUCUGGGAAGAGGAGACCGCCUCCGCCAGGAUCGUCGGGCAGCGCGGAGGGGGAGGAGGAGGUGGUGGUGGAGGAGGAAGGCGCGACGGAGGCCGUAGCGCGGAAGUAGAGUAGGCGAUGUCAGUCUUCCCGGCAACAACGACGGGCACGGCAACAACCACGAUAAGAACAGCAGCGACGACGAUGGGGAGGACGACGACGACGACGCGGUCGGCGUCUCGGCCGCGCCGACCUAGCUGGUGGUACCCGAUCCUGACGUUGCUGCUCCUGCCGACGGUGCGCGCCCUGCCGGCCGACAUAGUGCAGAAGUUCCACGACUCCGAGGUGGAGCGCAUGAACCACCUGGUGGUGGACAAGAACACCGGCCGGGUGUACGUAGGCGCGGUGAAUCGGCUCUACCAGCUGUCGCCGGACCUGCUGUUGGUCGUGAAGGAGGUGACCGGUCCGAAAGGCGACUCCACGGCGUGCUCGAUGCUGGACUGUCCGCGUGAGGCGCAGAAGCGGCCGGUCGACAACGUGAACAAGGCCCUGGUGAUCGACUACACCACCACGCGGCUCAUCUCCUGCGGUAGUCUGUUCCAGGGCAUGUGCACGGUGCGCAACCUGCACAACAUCUCGGACGUCGUGCAGGAAGUGAAGGAGGCGGUGGUGGCGAAUAACGCGACCGCUUCUACGGUGGCGUUCAUUGCGCCAGGGCCGCCGAAUCCGCCGGUCUCCCAGGUUAUGUACGUCGGCGUGACCUUCACCGGGAACUCACCGUACCGCUCGGAAGUGCCGGCGGUGAGCUCGCGCUCCCUCGACAAGGACAAGAUGUUGAACAUCGCCGAGGCGGCGGUCACCACCGGCACGAGGAUGUACGUGAACUCGUUGUCGCGCGAGCGCUACCCCAUCAAUUACAUCUACGGGUUCAGCAGCGGCGGCUUCAGCUACUUCCUCACCACGCAGAUGAAGAACACGGAGACGCCGAUCUACCUGUCGAAGUUGGUGCGCGUGUGCCAGGACGACGAGCACUAUUACUCGUACACGGAGAUACCGAUCAACUGCACCAGCGACGAGAGGAUCUACAAUCUGGUGCAGGCGGCCUACGUCGGCAAGGCCGGCUCGGUCCUCGCCGGCGACCUCGGCAUCACCGCCCAGGACGACGUGCUGUUCGCGGUGUUCGCCGAGAGCGACGGGCCCAACAGCGACGUGCCGCGCCCGCACUCGGCCCUCUGCGUCUACUCUCUCAAGGCGAUCCGCCGGAAGUUCAUGAGCAACAUACAGAAGUGCUUCAGCGGGGAGGGGCAGCGGGGCCUGGAGUUCAUCUCGCCGAGUCACAAGUGCAUAUCAACGGAGUGA